AUGGGGCAGGACGUGGACAGGUUCGACGCGGCCUUCUUUAACAUAUCCAAGAAGGAGGCAGAGGCCGUGGAUCCCCAACAACGGCUUCUUCUUGAGGUUGUAUACGAAGCCUUGGAGUCUGCUGGAUACAAUCUGGAGAAAUUCGCUGGUCGCAAUGUCGGCGUUUAUACUGGUGUCAUGACAACGGACUACAGGUCCCUUUCCGAGAGGGACGAGCUGAACGCUUCGCAGUACGCAGCUACCGGCAACGCAGGCUCCAUCAUCGCGAAUAGAAUCUCGUACUUUUACGACUUUCACGGCCCGUCCAUGACCGUCGACACCGCAUGUUCGGCAAGCUUGGUUGCUCUCCAUCAGGCUGUCCUUGGCCUGCGCACGGGCGAGACAGAAAUGGCGUGUGUGGCGGGUGUCAAUCUCAUGCUCACCCCCGAGCAGUUCAUUUCCGAGUCUGAUUUACACAUGCUGAGCCCUACCGGACACUGCCAGAUGUGGGAUGCACGCGCUGAUGGGUAUGCAAGAGGGGAAGGUGUGGUGGCAAUUUUCAUCAAGACGCUCAGCCGGGCCCUUGCCGAUGGCGACAACAUCCAGGCUGUCAUCCGGCACACGGGAGUCAACUCGGAUGGAAAGACACAGGGUAUCACGAUGCCAAACCCAGCAGCACAAGCUGCAUUGAUUCGACAGACUUAUGAGAGAUCUGGUCUGGAUCCUCGGAACCCAAAUCAUCGGCCACAGUAUUUUGAGGCACACGGCACUGGGACACCUGCCGGUGAUCCACGCGAAGCUCGCGCCAUUGCCGAAGCCUUCUUCGAUGGCAUUGAGGAUAGCCCCGCGAAGUCGAGAAAUGCACGGCACGACAAGUUGCUGGUUGGCUCAGUCAAGACAAUCAUCGGGCACACCGAGGGCGCUGCAGGCCUGGCUGGAAUUCUCAAGGUCGUUCUCGCCAUGAACAACGACACCAUCCCCAAGAAUUUGCACCACGAUUCUCUGAACCCAAGUGUUCUUCCUUACUAUGGCAACUUACGAAUCCCUACUCAGACACUCGCCUGGCCGUCCCCGCCUGCGGGACACCCGAUGAGAGCGAGCGUGAACUCCUUCGGUUUCGGUGGCACCAACGCCCAUGCCAUCGUGGAGAAAUACCAACCGGAAAUUCACAACGGUGGAGUCCAGUCAGCGGCGCUGAGCCUGAAUACAAAGGCCACUGGUUCAGUCUUUUCGGGAACUCCUACACCUGACGCGCCUCAGUAUACACAAAUUGCAUUGCCUCUUAUCAUUACAGCCGCUUCUGAGGAGUCCUUCUCUGCUACUCUCAAGGACCUCGCGUCAUACAUCGAGCGCAAUGCACACGUCACCACUCAAGAGUUGGCAUGGCACCUCUAUAGCUAUCGCACAGCACACAGCCUGAGGGCUUUCGUUGUCCCAAGCCCCGGGAAGGCAGCUUCGGCGGUGUCGAACCUGCUGUCUCUGAUCGACCGUUCAAGCAAGACCUCACCCACCCAGUCUGACACUAUCAUCCGCUCUAAGAAGAUGUCGACAAACCCUCGCGUAUUCGGGAUAUUCACCGGACAGGGAGCCCAAUACGCCGCCAUGUCUAAAGGCCUUCUUCGAACAAGCGCUGUGUAUCGCGCGACCAUCAGAAAGCUCGACAACAUCCUACAGAAUGAUUGCCCUGAUCCCCCAGAGUGGUCACUGGAGGAGAAGAUCAUGGACGAGGGACAAGACUCGGGCAUCAACACGGCCGCGAUAGCUCAGCCACUAUGCACGGCGCUUCAAAUCGCCCUGGUGGAACUGCUCUCCAGCCUCAACGUAUCAUUCCACUGCGUCGUCGGUCACUCCUCUGGAGAGAUUGCGGCAGCCUUCGCGGCCGAGCGCCUGCCAAUGCGGGACGCGAUGCUGAUCGCCUAUUACCGGGGCUGCUUUGCCCACCUAGCCGCAGGCACCAGUGGAGCCAAGGGGGGCAUGAUGGCCUGCGGGAUGUCGAGGCAAGAAGCUGAAGAGUUUUGCUCCACGCCCAAGUAUCAAGGCCGCAUCUCUGUCGCGGCUAGCAAUUCGCCUAACCUGGUCACCUUGUCAGGAGACAUGGACAUCAUCGUCGCUGCCUCUGAUGAACUGAAGGCUGAUGGGAAGUUUGCAAGGGUUCUGAAGGUAGACACAGCAUACCACUCACAUCAUAUGGUUCCGGCAGUCCAACAAUACUCCGAGGCUUUGGCAUGUUGUUCCAUACAAGCUCAUCCGCCUCUCGAUGGUACCACUACAACAUGGGUAUCGAGCGUCUAUGGCCGUCAGGAUGAUAUCACUUCAAGAGACCUGGCGACAGCCUACUGGAAAGACAACAUGCUCCGCCCUGUCCUGUUUCACGAGGCAGUCGAAGCGGCCUUGAAAGAGUUCGGGCCUUUUGACUGCGCUAUCGAGGUCGGACCUCACCCGCAACUACAGACACCGGCUAUGGAGACCAUCAAGGGUGUCAUGGGCACAGGACUUCCUUAUUAUGGGUUGCUCCAGAGAGGCAAGGAGGCAGAGAUCGCAUUCGCCGAAUUUCUCGGCUUCAUGUGCAUCAACCUCGGCACCUCUGCCGUAGACAUUCGCAGCUUUGUCCAACAAUCCUCACAGCCUGAGCUCGUGCACUCACGUCUGGCUGAUGCGCCAACAUAUGCGUGGGAUCAUACACAGACUUACUGGAGGGAGUCUCGGUUGUCGGCACAGUACCACUUCCGCGAGCGACCACCACAUGAGCUGCUCGGCGUCCGCACCCGGGACGACAACCAGUUCCAGAUGCGAUGGCGGAAUGUCAUCAAGGUGGAGCAGAUUCCAUGGGUGGAGGGUCACAAAUUCCAAGGCCAGGCGUUGCUGCCAGCAUCAGCAUAUUGCGUUAUGGCACUUGAUGCGACUAAGGUCGCUCUGAACGGCCGCAACGCAUCGGUAGUCGAGCUGCAGGACUUGAGGUUCCUCAGCGGUAUUACCAUGGAGUCUGGGUCUCUCGGCGUGGAAACACUGUUCACCCUUUCCGUCCUUCCUCCCCAGCAGGAUCGAUCCGGCCAUGCUAACAUCAUCGAAGCCGAUUUUACCUUGACAUCAGUUCCGGUUACCUCGUCAAAGCCCGGUCCGAUGAAGAAGAACUUUGAAGGGAGGGUCCUCAUCGUUCUCGAAGAUCCGUCUCCAGAUGCUCUGCCCCCUCGCUUUAAUGGACCCCUGGCCGAGACCUUACCUGUCGACGUGGGUGCUUUUUACCAGAUGAUGGAAGGCAUUGGACUCUCGUACACUGGUCCGUUCCAGGCACUGAAGUCCAUCGAUCGACGAUUUAACUACGCAAGAGGAACUCUCAGCAAGGCCAGCCCAUUGGAUUCGACUCGUCUCGAUGUGAGCCCAGCCUUUCUUGACAGCUGUUUCCAGGCCACUUUUGCAACUUUUUCAUCACCAGGUGAUAAGGCCCUGUGGACGUCUUUCCUGCCGACGAAUAUAGGCAGGAUGCGAUUCAACCAGGCGAUUUGUGGAACCCAACAGUCUUCGGCCAUGACGACUGUCGAGUGUCAUCUCACCAAGUUCGAUCAUUACUCCGUCGGCUCUCCUGCCACUAUUACCGCUGACCUGUCCAUCUCCAACGAGCUUGGUCAGACGGAGAUACAGCUCGAGGAGCUGGUCGUCUCUUCCUUCUCCUCGGCGAGGCCCGAAGACGACUACGAGCUGUAUCUCCACACCGUCAUGGACCUGGAUCCCGAGUAUGAGAUCGCCAUCAUGCAUCCAGAGCCCGAGGGCGCUCGCUUGCACAUCGAUGAGAGCUGCGAGAGGGUGGCACAGGUGUACCUUGAACAGCCAAAGAGUAUUGCCUCGAUUGACACACCCCCGGAUUCGCCGCGGGCCGACUCAAGCACAACGUUUGUAAAGCAAGUUCCCGCGGCCGUCGAACAAGACAUGGAACGAUUCAUCUCAAACUCACCCUACUUCUAUGCGUUGAACCUGCUGCGCAGCCUUCGUGGGGUCGAAAUUUCGCACUCGCAGUCGUUUGACUUUUCGCUUGCGUACUGGUCCAUUGUUGACGAUGCGCACCUGAUGCACGGCUUCCACGCGCAUCUCGGCAGAGUCGUUCGGCAGAUCGCCCACCGCUUCCCCCGAAUGGAUGUCCUCGAUCUUACCUUUGCAGAGUGGGCCUUCACCGAGAACAUCCUUGACGGCUUGCGUGACACAUUCUCGUCAUACAGAUUGAUGGCGUCGACGCAACCGCAGUACCUCCUGAACCGGUGCCCGAAUUUGAACAGCAAUAAGAAGGUGUCUUUUGCAGACCUGGACUUUGAUGCGAAGGUGGAGGAUAUGGGUAAUUCCAUCGGAGCCUAUGACCUAGUUAUCAUGUCAACCAGCACUUUCUCGAGAUUCACUGCAAGCAGAGGAGAGAUCGUCGAAAAGACCCGACAGCUGAUGAGAAAGAGAGCCUUCCUCAUCAUAGUCAACGCGCCACCUGUUUCGACGCUUGAGGACGUGUUUAGACUGGGCGAUGGAUUGUUCAGUCAGAGUGGCUCAGAUGCGAGAGUUCCAUUUGAUCCGGCUAAAUCGCUGGAAGAGGGCAUGUUCUUGCCGGCGGCUAAGAACUCGACCCAAACCCACACUUCUGGCUUGUCCAUGACCAUACGACAAGCCGGUGACGACGUUCCCAUGUUCAAGAGUGACAAAGCCAAGGAGUCGGUGGUUAUUGUUGGCCAUGUAUCCACACGCAUUGGUCUUGAGCGACUUGAGACAAGUGGACAAAUCGGAAGGCAGACGGAUGUCAAGAUUUUCGACAACAUCGAGGACGUUACACCGAUGGCAGCUUCUGCCGCCACUGUUGUCAUACUGCUUAUGGACUUGACCCGCCCGGUCUGCCCAAAUAUGACAGAUGGAGCCCUGAGUGCUCUCAGGUCACUCAUGCAGCCUGGCAAGGUCAUUCUGUGGGUGACACGCAGCACGCAGCUGAACCCAGAGACGGCUGCGAGCCUCGGCCUGACCAGGACUUUGAAGGCCGAGAACCCGAACCUCAUCCUGCAGGUCCUCGACUUUUUCAACACCGGCAGCCAGUCAGUGGACGUGAUUUUAGACCGGCUGAUGCUGCUCCUUCAGUACCGGGAUCAUCUCCAGACGGCCGAGGUACUGAGAGAGAAGAUGCUGUUCUCGUUUGAGCCUGAGAUCCAUGUGAAUGGGAAGCGCCAGAUAGUGCCUCGCGUCCUUUCAUACAAGCCAGCCAUCGAGCGACUGAACGCCAGUCGGAGAGAGGUCUCCACGAUCUGCAACAGUCUCGAGACAUGCCUGCUCCUAGGCAGUGCCCGAGGCAGUGAUGGUGUAACUCGGUUCGAUGUCCGUCGCUCUGAUGGCGCUGGGGCAUAUGGCGCUGGGGCAUAUGGCGCUGGGGCAUGUGUCCCCAACCAGCCUCCAGGGAGAGUUGUCAACGUUGAGUACAGCUCGUUGUAUCCCUUUUUGACUGGUGAGGAUGAUCUGUACCUCUGCAUUGGUCUUGCCGACGACAAUGGGAGACCAGUAGCAGCAACAUCCCCAUACGUUGCCUCGAUGGCCCAACCCCUUCACACUGUUGAUCUCCCAGAGGGCCUCGUGGAUCGAAGAGGCCUUGCCUCGUGGUUGUCGCCAAUGGUAUCUGUUGCACACCUGGCCGCAUGGGCCCGUCCUGGUGAUCUGGUGCUCAUCGAGCCCGAUCCGACGUUCCUUCACUGUGCGCUUGCAGUCCUGCCCCAGCGCCAAGGGAGGGAGGGAUUUGCGAUUCAUGUGUGGACAACUGACUCCGGACUGGCCAAAGAGCACGCCAGUUUCAAGUACAUUCACCCACUGAGCAGCGGUCGAGAGCUGAAGCGGCUCAUCCCAUGCACACGACCAACUGUGGUCGACUUCCUACGGAACGGAAACGAGCUGUCAAAGGUCAUUGAGGGCCACGCAGGCGAUUUCGAGUAUGUGCGUUGGCCACCCUCGUCGACGGACCGCCGUGGCGAACGAUCAUCAAGCAAGAGAUCGAUAUGGACAGAUCUACUGCGCAACUGCCUCAAUAUGAUCGGACCCAAACCAUCGCAGACCCAGCACUCUACCUUUAUCACCCCAGCUCUUCUCCAAGGCACCAGCGAGCCCCAGCCGGCGUUCACCGUCGUUGACUGGAAGUCAGACCGCUAUGUUGCGGUUCCAGUCAAAUCUCUGGUUGAGCCCCGUUUACUCAACGCUGACCGGACUUAUCUCUUAGUCGGCCUGACCCGUGACUUCGGCCAGAGCCUGUGUCGGCUGUUCAUCCAGCACGGCGCAAGGAACAUUGUUGUGGCCAGCCGCAGCCAGAUCAAGGAUACAAACUGGAUUUCGGAGAUGAAUUCGGAGGGAGCCAACAUUCAAGCCACCCAAGCAGACGUCACUAACCUGGAGAGCGUCAAAGCUCUGGGCGCACGCCUGUCCAAUGUUGGAGGUAUUGUCAACGGUGCGAUGGUCCUGGACGAUAGGGUGUUCGCCCAGAUGGACAUCGACACAUGGACACGCGUCAUGCGGCCCAAGGCAGUCGGAUCCAGCAACCUCGACAAAGUGUUCAACGCCCCAGACCUAGACUUCUUCAUCAUGACAUCGUCAUUCGCAGCCAUCGGCGGACACGCCGGCCAGUCGAACUACGCCGCCGCAAACAUGUUCAUGAACGGUCUAGCGGCCAACCGCCGACAGCGCGGACUCGCCGGGUCGGUGCUGAACAUCGGCGUCAUCUACGGCCUGGGCCUUCUCGCGCGAGAGCGCCAGGACAUCUACCGCGGCCUGGAGAGGGAGGGAUACCCGCCCAUCUCCGAGCGGGACAUCCACCACAUGUUCCUGGAAGCGAUAGUCGCCGGCCGGCCGGUCCCUGGGCAGAUCAGGGACUUGACGACAGGCCUGGCCCGGUACCGUGUCAAUGACCCGAAUCCGCUGCACUGGCACCGUGACAGGCGCUUUUGCCAUUUCACCGUCGACGACGAGGACGAGGAUGGCGCCGGGCUGCAGCAGACAGGCGUGGCGGAGACGAACCUGAGGGAGCUGAUCGACGCGGCGGUAUCUGCAGAUGGAGUCGCAGACCUCCUGUUUGAGCAGUUCUAUCGCCACCUGAAGGCUCUCCUCCAGCUAUCCGACGACAGCUUGUCCGCCGAUAGCCAUAUCAUCGAGCUGGGAGUGGACUCGUUGAUGGCGGUUGAGAUCCGCAACUGGUUCUAUAAGAGAGUGGGAAGCGAUGUGCCGGUGAUGAAGAUUCUGCAACCGCAGAGCAUCUCGGAGUUGUGUCUUGACAUCGCCAACAAGAUAGUUGCCGACAGAGAACAGGGUAUAUAA